AUGCACUUCUCACUCUCCCUCCUGUUUCUUUCAACCAUCGCAUUCUGUUCGCCAGUUCCACAGGUCCUGCCCACAGCACAAGAUGUGACUCAGUCGGUGAUCAACAUCCAUAACGCUGUUCUCGAGCUCGAUGCCACAGUGCAAGCCUUCCAGGGUGGCUCUUUUGAGACAGCCAUCGUUGAAGGCAAAGAGGUGCUUGCUGGCGUAGCAAAAAUCCACACUGUGAACCGGGAAGGUUUCCGACGUGCGACUCUUGCUCUGCCGCCAUUUAGCGUGGAGGAUACGAUCAAAUUCAUUGAUACGGUGGUAGCGACUGUGGAUGUCAGCAUCCCGAAUGCUACCAAGCAUCUUCGCGAAAAAGAGCCCGUGUUCAAGGCAAACGGCUUCUCGGCUAUUGUCAUCGCCAGUCUGGCAUUGUUGGAGUUCGAUCACGAUACCUUCAGUGCGGCAGCUGCGAAAAACUUCAAUCUCGCUACCGACAAGGCCAAGUUGGCUGAGGGUGUUGGAGCGGCGGCGAAUAUCCACAGCGUUAUCCAGGAUACCAUCGUGUUCUACACUGUAUCAACAGUAGUAUAA